AUGUUAAUAUUCAUAACAUUCAUAACAUUAAUAAAUGCAGAAACAUGUUAAUGUAAUACAGGUAUAUGUAAUGCAUAAACCUGUUACUGUCCUUAUCCUUUUGCAGGUGAACAUUGCGAUUACAUAUUGAAACUCGGAUAUGGCAUGAACUACACUGCAGAAUUCGAUCACUAUAUUGGCCAUAAUAGAAUCAAAGAGGAUAAUGAUUGCAAAUCUGAUUGCAACAAAUAAGGGCUGUGUCUUUAAUCUUAAUGCUAUUGCAAAUCCCCUUAUGGAGGAUAAUAUUGCUAAUUUAAAUUGAUAUUUGUUGAUGAGAGUGAAAAUAAUUCUACGCAAAUAUAAACUCUGGAUAAUUUAUUUAAUAUUCACAUGGAUCUUUAAACUUCCAAGAACAUUAUGACGUAGAUAAAGCAAUUCGAUAAGAGGGAAAUGUACAAGAAAUGCCCAGUUCCUUGUAGGAAUGGGGGCUAUUGUGUAUUUGGUCAAUGUAUGUGUAAAUCUCCUUAUGUGGGAGAUUACUGUCAAUUUCAGAUAGAAUUCGAAUAAGGAAUGCCUCAUUAUCAAGUUUACAUGUUGAUGAUAUUCUCAUGUUUUGUAGGCAUAGCAAUAACAGUGAUAAUAUUUAUGAUCUUGAAGUUUAUCGAAGAUGAGAAGAAGAAAUACGAAUUAAUAAGUGGAGAAAACAAAGAUCAAUGGUAAAAAAAAUGA